UGGGGCCGACCGCCAAGUCAGAGGACAAGUCAGAGCAUGGGUGGCCCAGGCUGUCCCCUCCCGCUUCAGGCGAGGAGCCUGGCAUCCAGUGCCUCCCUGUGACGUGUCCAGGCACCCCCUCCAUGCCCUCUCAGCCAGCUCUGGCUAGCCACAGCCUCUCCAACCCAGUUCAUGAUCCCCUUGAACUCCUCCCAUGACUGCCGGGUCUCUUCCGGUUCCUCAGUAGGCGGCGGGGGAAUGAGGGUAGACCAGCUGUCCUGUCCGGAUCGUCAUGGCCACUCCCAUGAACACUGGGCUUGUGUGGGCGGUGGGGCAGAGACAGAGCUGUUGGCUGCCAGACUUCUGCCUUGAGGAUGUGUUUCCGUGGCUCCUGCCUUCUGUCACCAUGGAGAACUGGAAACGGGCCCUUCUUCCCAGUUAUUCUUUUCCCCUUUUGUAUUUUCUCACAAGAUACCACGAAGGGCCGUCUCUUUCUCUGAUGCCUCCUGUCUCCUUCACCGCACAUCCCACCCUCGUGUGUGAUUUGAUGCACGGGAGGCUGAGGGGUGGGUGGUUGAGAAGUUCUCUCUGGCUCCCUCCUGGUUGCCUUUGUUCUCCUGGGCUGAUCUGGGUGUAGCGUUGUGAAUAAUGCUGCAGGAAUAAGAGGCUGACACCUGCUGAGUGGGCCUUAAGCUUCAUUCUGUCUUAUGACAUGGCUUUCAGUCCCCAUCGAGAGGGAGAGGCGUGGGGUCCACGGGAGCCCAGCCUCGCAUGCUCCAUGCUUCUCUCUCCCUGGAUAGAGGUCUGCAUCAACCGGCCUUAACCCCUGGCCUCUGCUUUGUCUCCUGGUCUCUCCUAUCUCCUUUGGAUUCCCCUUCUAUCAGCUGGGCUGCAGAGAUCAAGUCUUUGCCAGCCACACAUGAGGACCUUGAUAAGGAGCUUAUUUUAACCAGCGUGUGGCUCUGCCGUAGAAAGCCCUGCAGAUUUUUUUUUUUCCCCUCGUGGGUGGUCACAGUGAUGCUGGUUAAAGAUACAGCCCACUGGCAAGAGCAGGUCCCAUUGCCUCAAUCCCUAGGUCGUUGUGGUCCACACAGGAGUCUCAGCUACACGCCAACUCCAGCCAGCUUGGGUUGAGGCCAUGUUUCUAGUGUAAAAUGCCAGAUUCCAGCCUGCCAGCUUUAGGAUCCAGGGUGGGGAGCCCCUGGCUGCCCGGAUCCUUGUUUAAGGACCAUCAAGAAGCCACAGGCCUGGGUCAGCGGAGUAGGCUGUUGCCAGAGGGUUGGACUUUUAUAUAAACCAUUCCUUACCCUCCCAUGUUCCUGGCAUGCCAUAGGUGAGUAACUGACUAAUCUGUUAUUUUAACUGCAAGCUGAGGCAGAGAAUGUGCAUGGUUCCCUGGGGUCCAUCCCCUUUUGGAAAAGCUCCUUACAGACCAGGUCCUCCCAGAGUCUGUUCCAUGCCAAGGAAGGGAACCGAUGGGCCAAACUCACAUUAUGAGGAAAUUCGUUCCAGGCAGAAAUCAUGUUGACAGGUCGGCCUCUGCGGCUCAGGCAUUCCAUUUCCAUGUGCUGCCUCAAGGUGUCCCAGAGCCCCGCCCAACCUCAUCUGCUUCGCUGCGGCCUCUCAUACAUGCGCUUGGUCAUGUAUGUCCUCCUCGGCCUCCUCCCAGCCUCCACUGCAAACUUUUCAAAGGUCCGCUUGCUCCCACUGGUUCACUCACUGAGCUUUCUCUUUCUUUGCUUCCGCAAAAACAGAUUCGGGAGGAGGACAAGAGCCCUCCACCGUCUUCGCCCCCUCCCCUUUUCUCUGUCAUCCCAGGGGGCUUCAUUAAGCAACUGGUCCGGGAGACCGAGAAAGAGUCCAAAGAAGCAAGGCUGAAGAAAGAGGCAGUGCUCGCCUCUCCAGAACAAGAGACCCCAGAAAUUUCCACUAGCCAACCCAAGAGCAAGUCCAACAGUGACACCAAAUCUGGAAAUCAGCAAAUUUGCCAAGGCAACCAGUCAAGCUCUCUGCAGAACUCAAACAUUCCGGGCAAGGAGAGCGAGGGGGCCGGCCCCACAGACCCCGUGCUGAUGACCAGCAUCAAUGGCGAGAAGCCCCAGGAAUCGGGCCCCAGUGGGACACCAGCCAAAAAACCCCUGCCCUUCAAGAGAGGUGUGAGACGGGGUGACGUGUUGCUGAUGGUAGCCAAGCUGGACCCAGACUCAGCCAAGCCGGAGCAGAGGACCCAGCCCCAUGAUGCCCCUGCCUGCAAAACCCCACCCCCAGCCACAGACCCUGGAGGGGAAAAAAAGGGGGAGACUCCAGGGACUCCUCCUGGCCCCCAGGCCGGCACUAAGGACACAGCCCCAAAGGCUGAGAAGACUCAGACUGAGGGUGUUGCGGACCCAGGAAUGGUGCUACCAACAAAACAAGGUGCAGGGGCGAAAGGGGGCAGGGCCCCCCAGACCAAAGGGCUGAAAGGGGGUGAGCUCCAGGGUAGAGAGGGGCCAGGCGAAGGGGGGUGGCAGGAGACAGCAGAGAAGGGGGAAGGGGACCCCCCAAACACGAUGGCAAAGGGGAAUCUCUCCAAGGAUGCAGGUGAAGGGAAGUGGGCUGGGGCCCAAAUCCAAGUGAGAAAGUGGGGAGGCUCCCUGGGCAGAAGGAGCAAGUGGGACGGUCCCCAGAGUAAGAAGGACAAAGAAGGUAUGCUCCCAGGUAAGGCAGAGAAGUCAGAGGACCCGCAGAUCAAGGCGGAGAAGGUGAGCAAAGGGCAGGGGAAGCCCGGAAAGGUGGGAGAAGUUCCCGGACAGGUAGAGAAAGCAGGGGAGCCUCAGAGUGUGCCUGGGAAGGCAGGUGAGCCCCAGGCUAAGGUAGGCAAGGAAGGGCCACCUCAGGGUGAGUCCGUGGAGGCAGGUAAAGCUGGGGGGAAGACAGAGAAGAGCCGUAAAGGCCCCGAGGAGGUGGGUGCACGCAGGGAGACCCCAGCAGCUGCUGGGAAGGAGGGCUGGCCAGACAGCAGAGGGCAGAAAGCUGGGGAGCCCUGCGCAGGAGCAGAUGAUGGAGCCGAGGCCCCGGAGAUGGAGCUGGAAGGACGCAGACCACCUGCUCUGGAGGGCCAGGCAGAAAGGUCUCAGACUCGGAAGGAGAGUGAAGAGGGGCCAGCCCUGCCGGAGGGGAGCAAAGGAGGAAAGAGCGAAGACUCGGAUCAGGCUCCUGAGGACAGAUGGUACGAGGCAGAGAAAGUCUGGCUGGUUCAGAAGGAUGGAUUCACUCUUGCAACUGUGCUGAAGCCAGAUGAGGGGACAGCUGACCUGCCGGCAGGAAGGGUACGACUUUGCAUCGAUGCUGACAAAACCAUCACCGAGGUGGAUGAGGAGCAUGUUCAUAGGGCUAACCCCCCUGAGCUGGACCAGGCUGAGGACCUGGCCUCCCUGGUCAGUGUCAACGAGUCAAGUGUCCUGAACACGCUUCUACGCCGCUACCGGGCACAGCUGCCCCACACCUUCAAGGGGCCAGACCUGAUCGUCCUCCAGCCCCCAGGGCCCCCAGCGCCCUCCGCAGGCAAGGUGCCCAGGGGCCGCCGGGAUGGCCUGCCAGCCCACCUUGGCUCCCUGGCACAGCGGGCAUACUGGGCACUACUGAGCCAACGGAGAGACCAGAGCAUCGUGGCCCUGGGCCGCAGUGGUGCUGGGAAGACCACCUGCUGUGAGCAGGUCCUGGAGCACCUGGUGGCAAUGGCGGGCAGUGUGGAUGGCAGGGUCUCAGUGGAGAAGAUCCGAGCUACCUUCACCAUCCUCCGGGCUUUUGGUUCUGUGUCCACGGGCCACAGCUGCAAUGCCACCCGGGUCACCAUGGUGAUGUCACUGGACUUCAAUGCCACGGGGCGAGUCACGGCCGCUCAGCUCCAGACGAUGCUUUUGGAGAAGAGCCGCGUGGCCCGGCAGCCGGAAGGGGAAGGCAAUUUCGAGGUUUUCUCCCAGAUGCUAGCCGGGUUGGACCUGGAUCUCAGGACGGAGCUAUACCUGCACCAGAUGGCAGACAGCAGCUCCUUCGGCAUGGGUGUAUGGCCUAAGGUAAGGAGGGGUCCUUCGGGGGGGGUGGUGCGGAUGUCUGUGUCCCCACGGCCAGGAUGGGAGCGUGAUGGAGGGGCUCCCUGUGUGACUCUUCUCCUUUGCCAGUGGGGUACAUGGUUGGCAAGGACGGGUCGUGUGGGGGCCUGGGCUGGUAGGGUAACUGACUUGUACACAUAAGGGGGACCAGAAGGCAGUAUAUGGAGAGGUAAGCAUGUGGGCUCUGGGCUCAAAGCCUGGCUUUGACACUUAUUAAAUACAUGUUCCAACCUCUCUGAACACUUGUCUCCUCUUCGGUCAAAUAAUGCGAAUGGUAGUAUCUGUCUCAUCAGGUCGGGGUGAGGGGUAAAUGAAAUGAUGUGCAUGAAGUGCGGAGCACGGGGCUUGGCCUAGAUCCAUCAAUCAGGUACUCUUAGUAGAUAUUAUUGGUGACUCACAUGGGUAGGGGCAGUCAGAGCCUGCUUCCUGGAAAAUGUGCUCUGUGAGUAGGACCUGGAGAGAUGGUGGUCACUUGUUUAA